AUGGCUUUGGAUGUAGCACCGGUGGUGUUGCCCCCCGCGGCAGAGCCCAUUGUGCUGCCAGUGCCUCCAGGGGCCGUGAAGGUGAUGCCACGAUGGGCAGAGGAGGACGAAGUGUCCAAAUGGCGAGUGAAAUAUCGUCUACACAGUCCGCACACUCCAGCAGAUCCAGAUAGUGAAUGGAUUGAAUUGGAGCUGCGACACUUCACCCGCGAGCUGCCCUUGUCAAACCUGCCUGCAGGACAGCACCAUUUCAAGGUAGCCAUUGAGACUCCAGAUGGCUGGUCAGACUGGAGCUCUGUGGUGGAGUGUGAACCACCUUGCCCUCAGGUGCCUUCUAAGCUCGCAGCUCUGCUCCCAGAGGUGCUUGGGGUGGAUGAAAUCAAGUUGCGCUGGUCUCCACCUUUGGAUGCUGCCACGGUAAUAGCAGACUUGCAAAUCCUACGCUACAAGAUUCGUGUCAACUGGCAAGAAGGUGAGGAGCCUUUGAGUCGAGAGAUUAUAGCAGAAGACGCCACCGACUCCUUCAUCGUAACUGAUUUGAAAAGCCUCACCGACUACACAUUCCAGAUUGCAACUGAAAACUCUGCAGGCUGGAGCGAGUGGUCAGAACCUAGCACCAAGCAGACGGACCCGCCUGUGCCCAAGACGCUGAAUCAGCCAACACUGCGGAGGGCAACACAUCACUCUGCGGUCAUUCAGUGGCAGCACCCGCCUUUCACUGACGUGCCGGUGGAUUCUUUUUCCUUCCGCCAUACCACGUCUGCUGACUGGAGCAACGAAGUGGUCGAGAUCACGGAUGUGUCGCCCAGUUUGUCGCAGUAUGUCAUCCCUGGCUUGCGCCCUGGGCAGGUGUACAUUUUCCAGGUGCGGGCAGUGAAUCGAUAUGGCAUGGGUAUUUGGAGUGAGAGCAGCAUCCCCAUCCGAACAACUGAUGGACACAUCCCUGCGAAGAUUGAGACGCUGAAAGCCUCUGAUGUCUACAAGUCUUUCAUGCGACUCAAGUGGUCUCCAGUUGACGAGAAUGGAUAUCCAAUUACUGGUUACCUUCUCCGAUAUGCACACGCUGAAGACAUGGCUGACGCAGUGGAAGCGGUGCCUACAGUGGUCAGAGACAACGGCUGUGACAGUUGUGACAUUCGACAUUUGCGGAAGCUGAAGUACUACUUCCAGGCUGCAGCAAUCAACCAGUUGGGCAUGGCAGAGUGGAGCAACGUUGUGCUUGUGGAUAUGAGCACAUGA